AUGUCUACUGACCCAGAACUAGUAGAGCAGUGGCAGCCGCCCACCGAGUCACUAGGCAGAGUUCCUUUGGUGACUCGGGGAACAAGUCAUGGUAGACCCGUCGAAGGCGAUUUCCCACUCGAUCAGGUCGUCAUAGACAAUGGCGACCAAGGCAAAGCCAUGCUCGAAGGCGAAUACAACUCAAUGUGCGCCCUCUCCAAAGCCGCACCCACCUUCGUUCCCGAGCCCCUUGCAUACGGCCAACUCAACGUCUCAAACCCCGCCUCCUACUUCUUCCUCUGCGCCUUCCUAGACAUGGACACCACCCAACCCCCCAACCCAGAACAACUAUGCAAGAAACUCACCACGCUCCACCUCUCCAGCGCGUCACCAACCGAACAAUUCGGUUUCCACAUAAACACCUGCCAAGGCAACCUACCCCAGCAAACAGCCUGGCAAGAUACUUGGAAAGACUUCUUCAUCCAGCUCCUCACCGGCGCUAUGAAACUCAACCACUCCAUCAACGGGCCAUGGAAAGACCUACAGGAAUGCACCGAUCGCCUAAUCACACACGUCGUACCAGCCCUCCUCAACCCCCUCACAUCGCACGGCCGCACCAUAAAACCCACCUUAAUCCACGGCGACCUCUGGGACGGCAACAUCGGCACCGACACCACAACAGGCGAAAUCUACGCCUUCGACGCCUGUGCAUACUACGCGCACCACGAGAUGGAAAUUGCGAUUUGGCGCGGGGAUCCUAGUAGGAUUUUGGGUCGGCAAGAAUAUACAGAUGCGUAUGUUGAGAUUAUGGGGAAGAGUGAGCCGGUUGAUGGGUUUGAGGAUAGGGGCAGGCUUUACUGUGCUUAUAUGAACUUGCAUGCGAGUGCUUGUCAUGGGGGAGACAGGUUUAGAGAGAAGUAA